AUGGCGCAGGCAGUGACGCAUGCAGGCGGCGGCGGCGGUCGGGGAGUCUCCCGCGGCGCUCGCCUCUCCUUCAAGGGUAAGCUCUACAACAAGGGCGUCACCGCCGACCGCUUGCUGCGCGACCUGAAGCAGAUCCAGAAGGAGCUAGCGCAGAUGGAACAGGAUGCAGUCGACCUAGAUGCGCUCAAAGACAUGUGCAAACAGCUGACGCAGCCGACGCUCAUGCUGCACAAGGACAAGGGCGUCAAGGUCGCCGUCGCUUGCUGCCUCGCAGACAUGCUGCGCCUCUUUGCGCCAGACGCUCCAUUCACUGCACAUGAGCUUAGGGACAUCUUCCAGUUCUUCAUACACCUGCUCACGCAGAGUGCAAAGACGGGUGCAGGGCUGGCGUGUCCGCAAGGGCCAUACUAUGCAGACUACUUUUACCUGGUCGAAUCCCUCAGCACCGUCAAAUCCAUCUGCCUCGUUUGCGAGCUGGGAGGCGCCGAGGAGAUGAUGUAUGACCUUUUCAAGGGCUUUAUGGAGCUUGUCAGCCCGAACAUGUCCAAGAAUGUGGAGAUUUGCAUGGCAGACGUGCUGGCACAACUCAUCGACGAGGCGCAGCAGCUUCCAGAUGCAGUCUUGGAGGUCCUCCUGGCCAAUUUCAGCCCCAAAGCAGUGAAAGCAAACCCUGCAGCUCAUCAACUCACAAUCGAAGUCUGCAAAGCGACAGAGAAUCGCAUCCAAAAAGAUGUUGCCAAAUACUUCCGCGACGCAAUCUCAACAGCAUUCGAAGAGGAGAACCAUGACGAACGCGACAAGGAGCUGGCAAGCGCCCACGCUAUCAUCAUGCAGAUCAAUUGCUCCGUCCCAGGGCUCCUGCUGACUGUCAUACCGCUGCUCGAGGAGGAUCUAACGCGUGACGACGUGGCGCUGCGUCUGCUGUCAGUGCGCACGCUUGGGCAAAUGUUUGGAGAGCGUCCAUCAAAGACCUCGGGUGCGGGUGAAGGGCAGACGGCACGCAUGUACCCGUCGGCCUGGAAGUCGUGGAUGGGCCGCGCGGCGGACAAGAGCCCGUUGGUGCGCGCGAAGUGGGUUGAGUGUCUGCGUAACAUCUUGACGUACCACUCCACGCUGCUCGUUGACGUCGGCCCGGCGCUGGAGGCUAAGACGGAGGACGCCGACGAAAAGGUUCGUGUGGCUGUUGCGCGCCUAAUCGACAGCUUGGACUACGAGACGGCGCUGCAUGGAGUCCCAAAGAGUGUGCUGCUGCUGCUCGCGGACAGAUGUAAGGACAAAAAGGCGAGCGUCCGCCUCGAGGCGAUGACCGCGCUCGGUCGCCUGUUCAAUAUGGCCUAUACGGAGAUCGAGUCGCACGAGCCUGCUGCGACGCAACAAUUCUUUUGGAUCCCGACCAAGAUCAUCCACUCGCUCAAGAGCCCUGACAACACGCCACUCGCUGUCGCCAGCGUCCUGGAAAAAUAUAUCCUGCCUUACCCUGCUGAUCCUGAAAAUGAGGCCGCGUGGACGGCCCGCCUUCUGCUUGUGUUGAAAGUGGGCGACUCGUUCACGAACAAGGUCCUGUUCAAGCUGAGCAACCUUUUUGACGCCAAGCGACCGACACUACAGGAGGCUUUCAUCGACGCGUGCGAGCAGUACAACAGCGGGAUCAUCGACGCGAACGAAGACGAGGUCCGAUCUAAGUUCAGGAACAUCCUCAAGCUCACUGCACGCGCGCUUGGCGAGCAGCCGGGCGCAGACAGGAUCGCCGCGGACCUCGCGGCGUUUGCCAAGCUCAACGAGAACAGGCUCUACCGGCUGUUCAAGACGAGCAUGGACCCUAAGCAGGACCUCAAAACGCUGCUCAAGUGUCGGGCAGAGAUCAUCAAGCGCCUCAGCAGCUCUUCGACCGCGAGCGUAGUCGAGACCAUGUCGCUCUUCUGGCGCAGCGCGUCAUUCCCUUUCAUUAAUCGCUCCACCGUCUCGCACCUCCUGCGUGGCCUGCAGCAGGGCAAAGCGCGUUUCACCGCCAGCCAGCUCAAAAUCGACUCGCAGCGCGUCAGCACAGUUGACUCGUCGGAAUAUGAAACGUUCAUCAUCAAUGCACAGCUCAUCCUCAAACAGAUCGGGAGCACCUACCCGUCCAUGUUCACGCCGCACUUGCCGGAGCUCAUUAAAUGCCUCUUUGCGUCCUCAGACAAUGGAGCAACCGCGGCAGCGGAGCCUGCGCUGCGCGCCAUCGCUUCCGUCGCAUGCGCCGAGCCGCGCUCGCUGACGCUCGUGCGCGAGAAGAGGGUGGUGGACCGCAUUGCCGACUUUGUGCGCAAAGGGUCGGCGCUCGAGGCCAAGUUCGCCGCCAAGACGUUGGCGGUCAUGAGCGACAGCAAGACGCGCAAGCGCGCCGUGCUUCCGCCACUGUCGCCGCCUUCACCCAGCAGCCUCAGCAGCAGCGUCGGUGGCGGCACCCCGAUCAAGCCUGACUCGUUCGCUGCGCGCGCAACUGUCGAUGCGAUGCUAGAGGAAAUCGCGCGCAAGCUCGGAAAGGCGAGCGGUAAUCGCGCCGUUGCGUACGUCCACGCUGCGACGCAAAUUGUCAAGCAUUCGCCAGACAUGUUCGAGGACAAGGCGCAAGCGAUUAUCAAGGAGGUUCUCGCGCGUGUGCGACAGCCAUGGGCGCAUGCAAAGCAAGAGAAUCGCGGCGAAGAGGUCGACGAGAAGGACUGGAUUGAAGAGGAGGAGAUCGGGCCGGAUCUGCAGGUCCGACUCCUCGCGCUCGACCUGAUGACCAAGCGGGCAGAGGCGUACGCCGAGACGGAGCACAAAGAGACGACGGCCAAGCCGACGCUGAGAUUCAUCUCGACCGUCCUGCAGGAGGGCGAGGCUGGGCAGCUCGGCACCCCAGUGUGGGCCAAGUCGCGUCAGCGACUGCGGGCAGCUAUUUGUAUCCUCAAGCUUGCGCGACACACCGAGUUGGAGAAGCUGAUCAGCACGGCUGAUUUCUCCACGCUUGCGUUUGUCGUGCAAGAUGAGUGCUUUGGCGUGCGCAACGGGUUCCUGCAGCGACUGGCGACGUACCUGAGCCACAGAAAGCUUGGCGUCCGCUACUACACGAUUCCAUUCCUCGUCGCGUUUGACCCAGAGGAGGAGAACCAGGAGUUGGUGCGGUACUUUGUGCACAAUGCGAUCCUCGCGCUGCCCAAGGCGCAUCGGCUGGAGAAAUUUGAGCGAACGUUUGCGCGCUUCCUGCACCUACUGGCGCACCACCCAGAUUUCCAGCGGGCGAACAGCGAGGACGUGCUGCAGUUCUCGCAGUAUAUCGAUUUUUACCUGAACGCGCUCAGCACGCCGGAAAAUAUGAGCAUGUUCUACUACAUUGCCGGCCGGCUCAAGACGAUCCGGGAUAGCGCCAGCGUCGGCGCUAGCGAGAACCUGUACACACUUUCCGAGCUGGCGCAGCUGGCCAUCAAGCGGAAGGCGGCGGCGCAGGCAUGGACACUGGAGACGUGGCCGGGGAGGAUGUCGAUGCCGGACGACAUUUUCAAACCGCUUCCGAGCAAAGAGGUUCUGAAGGAGGUAUAUGAGCGCCAGUUUCUUCCCGAGGAGGUAUCAGCCAAGCUGAACGAGGUAAUCGACGUGCUGUCCACAAAGGUGAGCGCAGGCGGUUCGUUGCUUGCCGACACAUUGGCGUGUGCGUGUGCGCAAAAGAGAAUUUUUUCGCUGACGCACGCGCCGUAA